CCUCCGGCGCAGACAGUCACAGCCCUGGAGGCGGCGGCGGUGGCGGCCGUUGGGGGCUGGGCGGAGCGGCCGCGGCUGCCCGGCGGCUGGAGCUGGCGGUGGCCUGGCGACCAGAGCGGGUGGGAGCCGGAGCGUGCCGCUGGCUGGGACGGCGGAGCGGCUGCAGGCGAGUCCCGGGAGUGCCCUCCGGUCGUCCCGCCGAGCUGAGCGGCGGGCCGAGUUACUUAUGGGAAUUGUUGACUACCUUGACAGCUGAACACGGAGGAACCUGUGAACAGAUACUAAUCUGAAACAGCUCCCUAGCAGCUGCUCAGAUGUCUGAAACCGGCAAGAACUAGCCUGGAGAGCACUCAUCCUUCAACAGGAAAUACAGAACUACCUGCAUCCUGUCUAAAUGAAAGCUCUCUGAUGCUCUCAUUUUCAGAUGCUGCAUUAACACUUGGAGUGUGCAGAGGCAUUGUGUGUAGAUGGAAACACUGGGCAUUCCCUUCAGUUUUCCCAAUGUAUUUUCUCAUCUGUAUACUUGAAACAUCUACUAUCACAUGAACUCCAGAUUUAACCAUGUGUGACUGAGUUUUGAAACAAGACAUCUGUUCAACAAUUAAAUAGAUAUAUCCUGUGCUGUUUGAGACUAUGGAACCACAUCAAGUCAAACACAUUCUUUUGCCAAAUAGACUCUGGUGCUGUUGAAUUUUACUGUAACUGGUCGUUCCAGGUCAACUUAAAUGCAACUUAGGUCCAGAUGGAUGUGAGACCUGCAUGGAUGUGUGUUGGUUCUAGCCCACAUAGAAGAUAAAAAAAAUAAAAACCUAUUAUGGCCAAUCCUUGGGAAGAGAAAGUCUGCAAAAUGGCCCAAACCAGUUUACUUCAAGGAAAGCCAUUUCACUGUCGUGAGUGGGUUUUCCACAAACUUCAGCAUUGCCUCCAGGAGAAAACCAACUGCUGCAACAGUGCCACCAACACUCCAUCCCUUGUGGGGAAUUCUGGGAAUAAUACUAGUGCCAUCUCUGGAAAGGGGGCUGGCUGGGGUGUGCUGCUGGUGGGAGGGCCUGGCAGUGGGAAAACGGCCCUGUGCACUGAGCUCCUGUGGCCAAGUUCACCCACAAGCCUGCAGAGAGGUCUGCAUCGUCAGGCCCUGGCCUUCCACUUCUGCAAAGCCCAGGACUCAGACACUUUGUGUGUUGGAGGUUUCAUCAGAGGGCUGGUGGCUCAGAUCUGCCACAGUGGGCUCCUUCAAGGUUAUGAGGACAAGCUAAGAGAUCCAGCUGUCCAAAGUCUCUUAGAGCCAGGGGAGUGUGAGAGGAACCCAGCCGAAGCAUUUAAAAGGUGUGUACUGCUCCCACUCCUGGGCAUGAAGCCACCCCCACAGAGCCUCUACCUGCUCGUCGACUCUGUGGACGAAGGGUGCAAUGUGGCUGAAGGGGAGCAGACGUCCUCCAGCUUCUCGGGGACUGUGGCGGAGCUCCUGGCAGGUCACCACGAGUUCUUUCCACCAUGGCUGCUGCUUCUCUGCUCUGCUCGGAAACAGAGUAAAGCUGUUACUAAAAUGUUCACUGGGUUUCGGAAGAUCAGCUUGGACGACCUGAGGAAAGCGUACAUAGUCAAAGAUGUGCAGCAGUACAUACUUCACCGCCUGGAUCAGGAGGAGGCGCUACGGCAGCACCUCACCAAGGAGACAGCAGAGACGCUCAACCAACUGCACAUCAAGAGCAGUGGGUGCUUCCUCUAUCUAGAACGAGUGCUUGAUGGAGUUGUGGAGAAUUUUAUCAUGUUACGAGAGAUUCGGGACAUCCCAGGAACUCUGAAUGGUCUCUACCUCUGGCUUUGCCAGAGGCUUUUUGUUAGAAAGCAGUUUGCCAAAGUUCAGCCCAUUCUGAACGUGAUUCUUGCAGCCUGCCGUCCUCUAACCAUGACCGAAUUAUACCAUGCAGUAUGGACCAAAAACAUGUCUCUGACCUUGGAAGACUUUCAGCGCAGGUUAGACAUCCUCUCCAAGCUUCUGGUGGAUGGACUGGGCAGCACUAAGAUCCUGUUUCAUCACAGCUUUGCAGAGUGGCUCUUGGAUGUGAAGCACUGUACCCAGAAGUACCUGUGCAAUGCUGCAGAAGGGCACAGGAUGCUGGCCAUGAGCUACACCUGUCAGGCCAGGAACCUCACGCCAUUGGAAGCACAAGAGUUUGCCUUGCACUUGAUUAAUUCAAACUUGCAGUUGGAGACAGCUGAGCUGGCUCUGUGGAUGAUAUGGAAUGGUACACCUGUCAGAGACUCUCUGUCUACCUUGAUACCCAAGGAACAAGAGGUGCUGCAGCUACUAGUCAAAGCUGGCGCCCACGUCAACAGUGAGGAUGAUCGCACAUCCUGCAUUGUCCGGCAAGCCCUUGAAAGAGAGGAUUCCAUCCGGACAUUGCUGGAUAAUGGGGCUUCUGUCAAUCAGUGUGACUCCAAUGGGAGGACUCUGCUGGCCAAUGCUGCCUACAGUGGCAAUCUGGAUGUGGUGAACCUGCUUGUCUCCAGGGGAGCUGACUUAGAGAUCGAAGAUGACCAUGGACAUACGCCACUCACUCUAGCUGCUAGGCAAGGACAUACCAAGGUGGUUAACUGUUUGAUUGGGUGUGGGGCCAAUAUUAAUCAUACAGACCAGGAUGGUUGGACAGCGCUGAGGUCUGCUGCUUGGGGAGGCCACACCGAGGUUGUGUCUGCCCUGCUUUAUGCUGGCGUAAAGGUGGACUGUGCAGAUGCAGACAGCCGGACAGCUCUGCGAGCAGCAGCCUGGGGCGGCCACGAGGACAUCGUACUCAACUUGCUGCAGCACGGGGCUGAGGUCAACAAAGCAGACAAUGAAGGGAGGACUGCGCUGAUAGCUGCAGCAUACAUGGGCCACAGAGAAAUUGUGGAGCACCUGCUGGACCAUGGGGCAGAGGUGAACCAUGAAGAUGCAGAUGGCAGGACUGCCCUCUCGGUGGCUGCCCUGUGUGUACCUGCCAGCAAAGGGCACGCAUCAGUUGUGAGCCUUCUGAUUGAUCGAGGGGCUGAGGUGGGUCACUGCGACAAAGAUGGCAUGACCCCCUUGCUGGUAGCAGCCUACGAAGGCCAUGUGGAUGUGGUGGACCUACUUCUAGAAGGAGGAGCAGAUGUGGACCACACAGAUAACAAUGGCCGGACACCCUUGUUGGCUGCGGCUUCCAUGGGGCAUGCUUCUGUAGUUAACACCCUUCUGUUCUGGGGUGCAGCUGUGGACAGCAUCGACAGUGAAGGCCGCACGGUCCUCAGCAUAGCUUCUGCACAGGGUAACGUGGAGGUGGUGCGCACGCUCCUAGACAGAGGGCUGGAUGAGAGCCACCGGGAUGAUGCUGGCUGGACACCUCUGCACAUGGCAGCAUUUGAGGGUCAUAGGUUAAUAUGUGAAGCUCUCAUUGAACAAGGUGCUAGGACAAAUGAGAUUGACAAUGACGGGCGUAUCCCCUUUAUUUUGGCCUCACAGGAGGGCCAUUAUGACUGCGUGCAGAUACUGCUAGAGAAUAAAUCCAACAUUGAUCAGAGAGGGUACGACGGCAGAAAUGCACUUCGAGUGGCCGCUCUGGAAGGACAUCGGGACAUCGUGGAAUUGCUCUUCAGCCAUGGGGCUGAUGUGAACUGCAAAGAUGCUGAUGGGCGGCCCACGCUUUAUAUAUUGGCUUUAGAGAACCAGCUUUCGAUGGCUGAGUACUUUUUGGAAAAUGGUGCAAAUGUGGAGGCCAGUGAUGCAGAGGGUAGGACAGCUCUGCACGUCUCCUGCUGGCAGGGCCAUGUGGAGAUGGUGCAGGUGCUCCUUGCCUGCCAUGCCGAUGUCAAUGCAGCUGACAAUGAGAAGCGCUCAGCCCUGCAGUCUGCAGCCUGGCAGGGCCAUGUCAGAGUGGUCCAGCUUCUGAUCAAACAUGGAGCUGUGGUGGACCACACAUGCAAUCAAGGGGCCACAGCCCUCUGCAUCGCAGCCCAAGAAGGACAUGUGGAUGUCGUGCAGGUGUUGUUGGAGCAUGGCGCUGAUCCCAACCAUGCAGACCAGUUUGGGCGUACUGCCAUGCGUGUAGCAGCCAAAAAUGGACAUUCUCAGAUCAUUAAAUUAUUAGAAAAAUACGGUGCUUCUACUUUGAAUGGCUGCUCCCCGUCCCCUGUCCACACAAUGGAGCAGAAGCCUCCACAGUCAGCCCCAUCCAAGAUGCAGUCGCUGACCAUCAAGUCCAGUAGCUCUGGGAGUACUGGUGGAGGGGACCUGCAGCCUUCCAUCCGUGGUCUGCCCAAUGGGCCAGCUCAUGCCUUCAGUUCUCCCUCAGAGUCUCCAGACUCAACUGUGGAUCGGCAGAAGUCAUCUCUCUCCAACAAUUCCCUGAAAAGCUCGAAGAAUUCAUCUCUGAGAACAACUUCCUCUACAGCCACAGCGCAAACGGUGCCAAUAGACAGUUUCCACAGUCUGUCAUUCACAGAGCAGAUCCAGCAGCACUCGCUGCCUCGCAGCAGAAGCCGACAGUCAGUUGUGUCCCCCUCCUCCACAACCCAGUCCUUAGGACAGAGCCAUAAUUCACCCAGUAGUGAGUUUGAGUGGAGCCAAGUGAAACCCAGCUUGAAAUCAACAAAGUCAAGUAAAGGAGGCAAGCCAGAAAAUUCCAGCAAGUCUGGAUCAGCUGGGAAAAAAGCUAAACAAAGUAAUUCUUCACAGCCAAAGGUUCUAGAAUAUGAAAUGACUCAGUUUGACAAAAGAGGACCUGUAUCCAAGCCUGGGAGCAGUACCCCGCCUAAACAGAUGCCAGCAGAAUCCCAGGGCAAAAUCUUGCUCCCUUCCACUCAGGACGCUGGUCGAGCCCAGCCACAGUUCCUCACCCACCAACAGAGUGGGGAGCAGAAGAAGAGGAAUGGGAUAAUGACCAACCCCAAUUACCAUUUGCAGAACAACCAGGUCUUCCUGGGCAGAGUUUCCGUCCCGAGAACAGUGCAAGAACGAGGGCAUCAGGAGGUGCUAGAGGGGUUCCCUCCUUCAGAGACAGAGUUGAGCCUUAAACAAGCCCUGAAGCUCCAAACUGAGGGCUCCGACCCCAGCUUCAACUACAAGAAGGAAACGCCCUUGUGAAAGUUUCCUACUCUGUAAAGCAGAAGAUAAUUGUGAUUGGAUUGUCUGCUAAGCUGCUGGAUGGAAGCAGGAGAAACCUACAGAUUUCCUGAAAGAAGACUGUGACGCCUUCAGUAAGGGUCCCUGACUGACGUCAUGUGCCUACCUAGUCAGGCUGCCUUCUUAAUAUGUCUCUCUGUACUUAAGGAAUUUCUUUUUGAGUGCUUCGUAUCCACAACACAGAAUAAGCCCUUUCUCGAAAAAAGCAGAUGUAAACUGCGUUCCCUGAUACAACUGAACCCAAUUUUGAGUAUUUUCCGAUUUGGUAAGUGUGCAUGUGCCACAGUCAGGUGUCUCUGAAAAGGCAGUGUUCCUUGUAUUUAUUGUUUCCUUUGUGUGACUAGUAUUUCAGUCCCAUCCCAUUGUCUUGUGUGCCUGGUUCUUGUAUAUUUAAAGAUAUUGCUCAAUAAAACAAGUCUUACAAAUGUUUUUUGUCCAUUAACCUUCAAAAUUGGAUAAAAAUGAGUUUUUGUAUUGGUGCCACAUGAAGGUGAAAAAAAAGGUUUUGUCACUGGCUUUUUUUUUUUACAAGCAUCAUUUCUAGUGGUUUAGUGAUCUGCUCUAAGUUGUUUAAAUAUGUAUUUUCCCAGUAGAGUACGUCAUCUUGGGCUGAGCAUGUCAGAACAAGCAAAUGCCCAGCCACUCGGUGUGCAGGCAGAGGACAGAUCCAUUUCAUUCAUGGAGGCCUAGUGCUACCUUCCACUGCCUGCCAUUCCACCUCCAAGCAGAUGACCGUCAUUCCUGAGGCUCAGACAUUCUCAGGGACAGCUGUGCCUUGCCUUGUGGGCACACAUGUAGACAGCUCCUGGUGUGGCUGAAGAUGGAGUUCUGAUCCCUAAACCAUUCACUGGCUGCCUUCACCUCUUUAUCCCAGAUAAAUGAAAUGUAAUUUGUUUGUGUAUUUGAAUGCUCAGUGCUCUGAGCUGUUUUCACUUGCCAGUUACUGCAUGACCAAAGUGACACAAGUCAGAACCAAUUGGGCACAUUUGAAUGGCUUAGUUAGAUGAAUGUUCCUGAACGUAUCAUGUGCUUCACAAGUGACACUUCUAGCCCAUCAGACACAGUACAUGUGUGUUUGCUAUUGUUAUUUGAUACAAGUGAUGGAUUUGUACUUUUCUGUCCACAUACUCUUUCCUGUUGUCUUGUUUACACAGUAGCACAUAGGAUGGCUAGAUGCUGUGGUUAAGGAAGGCGUUCAUGACCAAGGAAUGUAAACUUGGUACAAGUGAGCAUAUGAGCCCAGCUGAGGCCUCUCGGGGGUUCUCUAAAGCAGGGAGGCAACAUAGUGGGUUGUGUGAAUGGUGGUCUGUUGAUUCAGAAGCCAACGAUGGCUUCACCCUUGUGAGUCCUGUUCAUUUCACAAGACUCAGAUAUUCUAUGCUUUCUGUGUGCUGUUGCAAAGGGGGAUGAGGAAAGAGAAUUUGGAGACUGAGCAUAAAACCAUUGCUACUACUGAAAAUUUAGAAUGUGUUAAUAACAGAGCUCAGUAAUGUUGUCUCAUGUGGAGGACCAUGUGUUCAUGCUGUGUUCAUAGAAACUCAGAUGUGUAGUUGGUUGUGAUAAGCAUUUCUCACUUGAAUCUUUGUGUAAUACUUUCCCAGCUUUUGUUUUCUGAAGUCAGCCAAACUCAUUUUGUAUGUGUCAUCUGUGGGUCAUAAUCAGGACGAGAUAGUUAAUGAGCUCAGUUGAAGUUGCAGGCGACAUGGCGAUACUGAUGAGUCAAAUGUUUCGAGUAUUGAGUUCUUGUCCCUAUGGGACAUUUAUUAAAUACACUUAUUAGGACUCUUGCAAAGCAGCCUUAAAAGUGUUGAUUCUGUUGAUAAAUAUGAACACAUCCUGUUAUUAGAACCAAGGUUACUCACAUCUCAGAUGCACAGUACAUUUACAUUAUUGCAGAAGAGGGACUUCUUUCUUACUGGGUGUAUUUUUCUUUAGAAAGAGAACUCCUAAAGCUGCCUGUUCUAUUAACCUUGAAUUAUUGAAACCAUAUUUAUUUAAUUUUAUUGUUUUUACAAAAUUGCACUUUGUGACCAAAGGGCAAAGAUUACUCAUCGCAUUGGGGAUUUGUGUCUUUUCAAAGUGCUGAAUGUUUUCAUACCCAUCCUUUAUACAUUUGGAAGAGUUGGUAGGAGAAGAGCCUGCUGGGCAAUAGGUUUUUCAUAAAUAUUCCUGGGUGUUUUUUUUAUAAAUUAUGUUUUAGAAUAGAACAAAAAUGGUUUCUGGUGAGGACCAGGAUGGCCAGGGUGCUGCGGCCACUAUGCUGUGCUCUAUGUCAGGGAGGGGGAUUUGGUAUCAUAACUGAACAAAAGGACUUCUGCUCCAUUACAAUGGUAAAAAUAGUCCCACAGAUCUAAAACUUCUAAAUAGCUAUUUUUGAAAUUUAAAUGUUUAAAUUUUGUAAAUCAGCUGCUGCCACUACACAACUUAGGAUACCAUGUAUUUUUUUUUUUUUAACAUUUUCAUAGCAUUAUGUCACACCUGUUCCAAAAAGUCAUGGUUAUUAAUAAGAGUAAAACCAGAGUCAUGGAAAGUAAACAUCUGAAGGUUCCAGGGAAGGUUUUGGGGGAAGCUGGACCAGAAACCAGUGUGCAGUGAGUAUCUUUGUCCUGGAUUCAUCUCCCAGCCCUACCCAAACCCUUCCCACCACAGUUACUCACAGGGAGGGGCAAGCCCUCCUCUGUGUUUUUUGGCUAUGCAAAUGUUUGUUUUGCUUAAUGUCCUUCAUCAACACAUUCAGCAAAUGUGGUUACAGACAAAUGCUUUCUUUUUAUUUUUCCUCCGGGGUAUGUAAAUAACCGAAAGUGUACAUUGAAUUUCACAUUGUAAAAGUUUUAUUUUAUUCCUUGUAUUAUAUUAUGCAAAAAUCCCAAUGUAUAUGAAAGUGCAUAAUAAAUAUAUUUGCUUUACAGAA